AUGUCGCGCCAGCCAUCCCCUGGUCCCGUCAUCCCGGGCCAACAACCAAGCUACUAUCGCGACGCACACGGCCUUCCGAUCGAGAAGGGCCACCUUAAAAUUACUUACCGCGCUGGUGAACAAGCUGAUCAGUCGCAGCGGGGUGCACCAGCGCCGGGCACAGUCGCCACGUCAUCAUCUUCAUCCGGCCGCACAAAGAGCAGGGCAUACCAGAGUGGCAUCGCUGCUGGUGCAGAGGACGUUAAGUAUGCAGCCAAGUACAGAGACCUCAAGGCAAAAGUAAAAGAUAUUGAAUCAGACAACGAUAGACUCUUGUUCAAAGUCUUGCAAGCAAAGCGAAACAUCCAGCGCGCGAAGCUCGAACGAGCAAUCCUCUAUGAACGCCUCGGUGCUCUUCCCGCAUCGCCGCCCCCAGGAAAUGCACCCUUGCCGCCUCAGCAUGUAGCUCAGCAAGCUCCU